CACGACUCCACCCUUCACUUGCUGCGCCAAGACUUGUUUGUCACAUGGCUUCCAGUUCUAGCGUGCUGCCAGACUUCUUUAAUUCCGCCAACAACUCGAGUCUUACUCUCGCGCAACACUCGUUGGUUGGCUAGUCUCUUUGCUUUACACUCUUUGGUCGCACCAUUUCUUGUUCGCCCGCAAUAUGGCUUCGCCCGACAGACCUACCGGAAGCACGCUCAAGCGUAUCUAUCAGUCCGGCGAAUGGUCGGACCUCACAAUCUCCACCGCUACCAGAGACUUCCACGUACACAAGGCCAUCGUCUGUCCGGCCUGUCCAUUUUUCGAGGCAGCGUGCACUCGAGACUUCAGGGAGGCCCGAACUGGGGUAGUGACUCUUCCAGAGAGUGCAGAGGCAGUCGAAGGAAUCUUGAAAUUCAUCUACGGCCUACCCCUCGGAGAGGUGACUGUCGAACAUGCUACUUCCGAAAAUAUCAACCACUUGCGCCAGUUGGUCGACAUGCAUGUGGCUGCAGAUAAGUACGAUUUGCCAGGACUGUGGAGGCUCACAAAACGAUCCAUCAUUACAUACAUAGUCAGUACGACGAGGGUUGAUAAGUUGGUGGACCAGGGGCAAUACACAUACCAGCAGGAUUGCGGAACAGUCGACCAAUCGAUCAUGAGAUACCAAAUCUGUGCUGUAGCUAAAAGUCUUCCCGCUAUUCGUCAAGAAGAUCAUGUAUGGCAGAAGCUCGUGGCCAAUGCCGAAUUCUUGGCCGCUGCCAUAGACCAAGCUUUAGAGUGGGGAAAACCGGAUGCUGGACGGGACGCAUUGCAUGAACGCGUGGCGAUGGAAGAGGAAGAGCAGUUUGCUGACAUUAUGCGACUUUGGACCGAACUUCACCCAAAAUAGACAUUGAUCAAGGAGCGGCAGCCCGUGGGGACUGCUUAGCGUCUUGCUCUUGGUCUACGAAGUUGGGCACAUCGUCGGGACCGCAACAAUGGUAGAAUAAUAUUUGAAGAGGUAUGAGAAGAUGCACGAAAGAAGUACGAGACGUCCGCAGAGCAGGUGGUUGCGUUUGGUUUACCAAGGGCAAGUCACGACAGCGAGACACAUGCAGAUGCAUGCUGCUUGCUUCAGCAUUAUAUUUGCUAUCACAAGCAGCUUCCUCCUCGAGCCUGCG